GCUGCUUGGAUUACGAAUCAGUAUUCGACACUGCGGGUGCGCCAAUUCGAUUAUUGCUAUAACUGUAGCUAGGAUGGCUUCCCCUUCAAUUGCUGGCCGCUCGGCCCGUUCUGCUAUCCACACCGUUGUUGGCAAGCGUUUCCUCUCCGACAUUGCCAUCACCCGAACUGGCAAACCCAUCUUUCGAGUUGAGGGUGGUCGUUCAUCUCUCGGCGGACACACUGCUACGGUAUUUGGCGCAACUGGACAACUCGGACGAUACAUUGUCAAUCGACUCGCCCGCCAAGGUUGCACCGUCGUGGUGCCGUUCAGAGAAGAAAUGACCAAGCGUCAUCUCAAGGUCACUGGAGAUCUUGGCCGCGUCGUCUUCGUUGAGUACGAUUUGCGCAAUACUGCUUCUAUUGAGGCUAGCGUUCGCCACUCCGACGUUGUCUACAAUCUGGUCGGCCGUGACUAUCCCACGAAAAACUUCUCCUUGGAGGAUGUCCAUAUCGAAGGAACAGAAAGAAUUGUCGAGGCAGCUGCAAAGUACGACGUGGAUCGUUAUAUCCACGUCUCCUCGCACAGCGCAAACCCAGCGUCCAACUCGGAAUUCUACGCCACAAAGGGCCGUGGUGAGCUUGUUGCGCGCAGCAUCUUCCCCGAAACGACAAUCGUUCGUCCUGCUCCUCUCUUCGGUUUCGAAGAUAACCUGCUGUUGAAACUCGCAUCUGCCCUCAAUCUCUUUACUACAAACAACAUGCAAGAGAAGUUCUAUCCUGUUCACUCAAUCGAUGUUGGUGCCGCUCUUGAGAAGAUGCUUUACGAUGACUCUACCGCGGGGCAGACCUACGAACUGUACGGUCCUAAGCAGUAUUCUAUGGCUCAAAUUGCCGAGCUCGUCGACAAGGAAAUCUUCAAGAAGCGAAGACACGUCAACAUCCCCAAGGCAAUUCUCAAGCCUGUUGCAAACAUCCUCAACAACGUCUUGUGGUGGCACACCCUCUCUGCCGACGAGGUCGAGCGCGAGUGCAUGGAUCAGGUUAUUGACCCCGAAGCCAAAACUUUCAAGGACCUCGGCAUUGAGCCCGGAGACAUUGCUAACUUCACAUACCACUACCUGCAAGGAUUCCGAAGCCAGAACUACUACGAUUUGCCUCCCGCUACCGAAAAGGAAAAGAAGGAGGACAAGAAAUACAUCCACGUCCUCGACGAGCUUUGAGAGAGUGUUGCAUAUCGGUAGCGCGGGUGUGGUGAGGGGUUACUGUGUACAUAUAAUGCAAUGGGAACUAUUGCUUGUUUUUUUUACUCCUCAAACAAGGUCGACGUGUUUGUAAAAAACAAAUAAAUCGUCUAGACUAAUAAAGUAUUUCAUUUGUUGAUUAUUUGU